AUUAUCUUGAAUUUUCAGAUCUUAUCAUGAAUAAUGUUACAUAGAUUUCAAAUUUUGUAGAUUUGAUGUUAUCAUUAAGUUAAAAUGUGAAGUUUCAAGAAUGAGUAAAAAUCUAAAAAAGAUUAAUUUUUUAUGUAUUCGCUAUUCAGUUCUAAAAUGUAUAUAAAUCAUAAGCUUGCGGUUUUUCAGCUUCAUAUUAUUUGGAGUUUUUCUAUCUUCUUGGAUGUGUGGAAAAUAAUUAAUUUUCUUGCUUGAUUUGUUAUGGAGGAUAUUUUUAAAUAGAAGUGUUGGUGGAGCUAUGCAUUUUGUUUCCUAUCAUCGUACUUGUUCCUGUUCUUAGUUAUUCCUUUAAAUGAAUUAAAAUUUUAGACACCUUUUAUAGUUAAGCCAUUUGAUUGAUUGACGAUAAGGAAGUAACGCAGCAAGAAAUUGUUAUUCUUGUUCCUAUCACUCUUGAGGUUGCUUUUAAUGAUUUGUUGUUGUUUAUUAUAGCACUUUGAUUCACCAGCACUGGAGGAAAUAAACAGGAAAAAAUUGGGCUCGUGGAUGCAUAGACAACUAAAGAAAUGUUUGUCCGUAUUGUCUGAGAAUUGGGAUUUAUCAGAACAUUUUCCCCACAUCAAUAAUUUUAUGCCUAUUAUAAUCUCAGCUCACUUCUUAUACUCAUUUUCUCACGAUUGCAUAGUUAAUUGAACAUUUAGGUGAAUAUAAAUUUCUCCCACAUUUGGAAUGGUUUAUGUGAAGAAAACAUAGGAAGUAUCAUCAUGUGAGAGAAAACAGAUACUAAUGAUCACCAUGUUCAUUGAUUUAUUCUGAGAGACCAGAGGUGUAAUUUGAGACACAGAUUUAGGCACGAUAUUACCACUGAAACCCUCUUUUUUCUUCUUAGUGGAAACAUGCAACAAGUGGAUAUAGUGAACCACUGUUAAUUUGUGUGCCAUACUCGUUUUCUAAUUGCUUUAUGGUUAUUAUUGCUCUUGAAAGUAGAGAUUAGGAUUUAAUCCACUGCACAAUGUAACCAAGGGACAGUGAAGUGUGAUCUCAUACUAAAUGAAAGGGCUUGAAGCCUUGAGCUUGCUUACCAUAAAUAAAAUGCAGGAGGUGACGUUGGUUACUUCUUAAUUGAAUUCACUUUAUAAGUGACAUGAAGCCUUCAUCUUUCCAGGCAAUAAAUUAUUGUAGCUUGAGAUGGUUACUGCAAUGCCAUGAAAAUUUUAAGUUCAAACAGACUAUAUUAACAUUUAGCAAUUGUGAAUGAUUGACAACACACAAACUCGUGGCAUUAGUCAGUUGAGAUAUCUUGUUUGGCACUGCUUGACAUUAAAAUAAGUGACAUAGUUUUUUUUCCUUUUCCUUUGUCAUACUUUCUAGUACUGUCCAACCCCCACUUACCAAAUAAGCAUUAAUUGGAUUUUUACGUUGCAGAUAGGAAGAACUCAUCUGGUUUCUUGAUCGCUUAAAUUCCAUCAAGACUGGUAGUUUUGGGUGGAGAAGUAUUUCGGUUUAUUCGCAGAUUUUUUAAGCUGAGGCAGUUUUAAACCAGAGGAUAUUAAGAUAUAAGAACCUGAUGGAUGUCUACAGCCAGUUUUUCUUUAACUAAAAUGAAGAAUACACAGGAUCUGCACAAUCCAUCUGAAAUUAAUACUGCUAAUCAGGUUUCACAUGAGACCCAAAAUGAACAACCAAAGAAUGCUGAAGAGUCUCUGGUGCCAGAUUCAGGUUCAGUUUCAGCAUCAAGCGUGGAUAACAGAAAAGUAUCACGAGAGGAUAUUGAACUUGUCCAGAAUUUGAUCGAACGGUGCCUACAGUUAUACAUGAAUAGAGAUGAGGUGGUAAAGAACCUACUGAGUCGGGCCAGGAUAGAUCCCGGGUUCACAACAUUGGUGUGGCAGAAAUUAGAAGAGGAAAAUCCUGACUUUUUCCGGGGCUACUACACAAGGCUUAAAUUGAAGAAACAAAUUAUCUUAUUCAAUUACUUGCUUGAGCAUCAGUAUCGGCUAAUGAAGUAUCCCGUACCUAUGAAGGUUCCUUUGGCUCCUAUGCAGAAUGGAAUUCAUCCAGUGCCAGUCAACAACUUACCAAUGGGAUAUCCUGUUGUGCACCAGUCUCCAGUGCCAGCUACAGGGCAACCUUUUCUUGAUUCUAUGGGUUAUUCCACAAAUGGCUGUCACAUAGUAAAUGGAGUUCCCACGCCAGGCACAGGCAAUUUCCAUCCAAUGCUGAUGAAUUCUGGAAAUGAUAUGGCGAUUGACACCAACGGAACUGAUGCACCCGCAAUGCCACCAAACAAUGCAAUGCUAUCCAUGUCAGAUAUGCCAGUAAGCCCAACAUCAGUGGCUUCGAGUGGCCAUUUCCCCUUUAAUGCAUCAGAGAUAUCAAGCAUGGGAAUAGAAACAUCAACACUUGAUAUGGCAUUUACAUCUGAUGUAGCUAGUUCAGUAGGACUACAACUUCCGGCAGAUAAUUGUAACGGGAAUUCUAGAGAUUCCCUCAGUUCGUGGGCUCAGAUAUCUUGGAAUUUCAGCCUUUCGGACCUAACAGCAGACCUAUCAAACUUGGGAGAUCUAGGAGCUCUAGGAAAUUGUUCAGGUUCCCCAUUUUUCCCUUCGGAUUCAGAUAUUCUUCUUGAUUCUCCAGAUAAAGAGGAUAUAGUGGAGGAGUUCUUCGUUGAUUCUGUUCCUGGGCCGUCGUCUCCACCAUUGGAUGAAAAGAACUCCUAGCUUAAGGUGAGAUAUCUUCAUCUCCAUGAAUCUAACAAUUUAGUCAAGAGAGAAGUCGAUGAAGACUAAUUUUUAAAUAAAAAAUGUCUAUUGGGCAUGUUCAGCCUAUAUACAGGCAAAAUUAGCUUUCAUCUCGUAUAGGUUCUGUAUUAAUCGAGAAGUCAUGUUAUUUUCAUUUUUUUGGUAAUCCUAAUUUAUGUUAUGAAUGCUAAACACGAUAAUCUCCAAGAGCAAGAUGUUAUCACGCUCUGUUGUGUUUCUAGUACUACAAUGAUUUGGACAUUAAUGGUGUUCAUCUAUGUAAGAAUUCACAUAGUUGAUCUAAAUUUAUUAAGAAUAAUGCUUAGUUUUUCA